CUUCAAUGACAUUAUUCCAUCAAGUGCACCGCAAAUCUUCCCUUUCUUCAUAUACGGAUGUACCCUAGGACGAGUUACUAAUUAUACAAUUCGCACAUACACUUUUAGAGUACAAUCAAGAAUAUGGAGAAAUCAUCACAGGAAAAUCUGAUACUGGUGAAUCGGGAAUCCGACGGGGUUGCAUGGGUCACAUUAAACCGACCCAAGUCCCUAAAUUCCCUGACUAAGUCAAUGAUGGUUGAUCUUGCUCGAAUUUUCAAGUCCUUGGACGCGGAUGAUUCGGUUCGGGUCAUUAUACUCACCGGAUCGGGUCGAUCGUUCUGCUCGGGCGUUGACCUGACGGCAGCGGAGGACGUGUUUAAGGGUGACGUGAAGGAUGUGGAGACUGAUCCGGUGGCGCAAAUGGAACGCUGUAGGAAGCCCAUCAUUGGGGCUAUUGGGGGAUUUGCUGUGACUGCUGGUUUUGAGAUUUCUCUUGCUUGUGAUUUGUUGGUUGCCUCUAAUGAUGCUAAAUUCUUGGACACUCAUGCAAGGUUUGGGAUAUUUCCUUCUUGGGGUCUAUCUCAGAAACUCUCUCGUGUUAUUGGACCCAGCCGAGCUCGUGAAGCAUCUUUAACUGCAAUGCCUCUCAGCGCAGAACAAGCUGAGAGAUGGGGUUUGGUAAAUUAUGUUGUAGACAGAAGUGAACUUUUGAAGAAAGCUAGGCAAAUAGCAGAAGCCAUCAUCAAGAACAACCACGACCUGGUUUUGAAGUACAAGGCAGUAAUCAAUGAUGGGUUCAAACAAGACUUGACCCGAGCCCUUGCUCUUGAGAAGGUAUAGUAGAUGCUAAUACUGUCACGACCCAAAAUCCACUAGAG